UUUAUUUAACAGACCACCGCUGCCUACCACACGCGCCACGCCCAGCACGAGAAUAAUUAUAUCCCUUCUCAGCUCUCCACACCAAUCACAAUGGCCGACGCACUCAAGGCAGAGGGCAACAAGCUGUUCGCGGAGAAGAAGUUCGAAGAAUCCAUCGAGAAGUUCACACAAGCUAUCGAGCUUGAUCCCUCAAAUCAUGUGCUCUACUCGAACCGAUCGGGCGCCUACGCCUCACUGAAGGACUACACCAAGGCAGCGAAAGAGGCCAAGGCCAAGGCUGACGAGCUCAAGAAGCAAGGCACAGAGUUCUACAAGAAGCGUCAAUUCGACGAGGCCAUUGAAAAGUACAACGAGGCCUGGGAGACACACAAGGACAUCACCUACAAGACAAACUUGGGAGCAGCCAAGUUCGAGAAGGGCGACUACGAGGGCUGCAUCCAGGCCUGUAACGAGGCUGUAGAGUAUGGCCGUGAGAUCUACGCCGAGUACAGAAGCUCAUGGCCGCGGGCGUCAUCCGCAUGGGUCGCUAGACGGGCGCGCGAGGGAUGUGUCACGAUGUAAUGCCAGUUUCUUGCCGGUGAUGUCGAAACGGAAGAUUCUCAGUUCUCGAUUCGGUUCACACCUCUUUGUUCAUGGAUGGGCGUAAAUGCAUAGCGUAUAGGUAGCUAUUUGAGAGAUUCGGUUCCAUUCAAAUCUAUGUUCCCAACAUGCACAUGCACAUGCCCACCUCCUCUCAUCGCGUACAAGC